AGAGAGAGUCUAUCGUCAUUCUCUGAUGAACUGUCAGUCAGCUCAGUACGUAGAGAGGGGAAAAAAUAUACAGUCAGUUUAUCAAUAAAACUAUCUCUUUUCUAUAUUUUAAUUAUCGUGUUGUUUUGUAAUUUGAUUUUAAUAUUCGAUAUAAAAUCUGGAUAUUUUUAGAAUUAGAAUUACAAAUUUUAUAGCAUUUGAAAGAAAGCUUUAUUUUGUUGGUUUUUUUUGCUUUUAUGAUUAUCAACAAUCCAGGCAUUGCGAUUUACUGGAUGAAGAUGUGAAAUGCUUUUUGGAAUAAUUCAAGUUUGAAAAUAUUUUCAUGGGACAAAGGCAGAUAUUAUUUUGGUUUGGAAUCAAAAAUCCAGAAAAAUAUUGCCAGAGAAACUUAUUAUUGUAAAUUGAAAAGAAAAUCAUUCUUGAGAAGUUAAAACAUGGAAUAAUUGUUGAAUUGGUGUGAACCUGAAAGUGAAAGCUUCCUUGCAACUCAAGUGACCAAUGAAUUUUAGAUGAUGGCAUGACGAAGAUGUUGAUGAAAACUGUAACCCUUAGCAGACUAGUUCCAGGAUGAAGUUUCAGCAGAGAUUAAUGAUGGUGUCUUCUGCUGCCAUGCUCGGGCUUGUGUUUAUUCUGCUCCUGUACAGUCCAGGUGUGAUGCACGUGCCAAGCGGACAUCAUGCUACACGACAUCGAAGAGCACUCUCCAUCGACUAUGAUUUUGAUCCAAGUCAGUGGUCAGCUUCAUUACAGAAUGUUCAGUGUGAGCAAAAUUCAGAUUUUACAAAAUUAGACAAUGCUACAAUUUUUACGCAAAAUCUUCCUGAAAAGACAAACUAUAAUUUAUACAAAAAUAAUCAAUAUAAAAUGCAACACCCGCAAGUUGAAGGAAACAAAGAGAUGAUAAAUGUGAUUAUAUUACCGCAUUCACACGUAGAUGCAGGAUGGCUUCAAUCUGUAGAGGAGUACUACGUGAACCAUGUGAAAGGCAUUCUCAAUAAUAUGGUGAAAAAAUUAAAUUUGUAUAAAGAUAUGACAUUUGUAUGGGCGGAGACUGUGUUUUUGUCAAUGUGGUGGAAUGAGUUAGAAGAUGACGUUAAGUAUCAGGUAAGACGUCUGCUACAAAGAGGUCAGCUUGAGAUCGCGCUUGGCGGUUGGGUUAUGUCUGAUGAGGCAUCAACCCACUAUCCUUCUGUUAUUGAUCAGCUGAUGGAAGGCCAGCAAUGGGUGUCUGAAAAUUUACACACAAAACCAGUCAACAGCUGGGCCAUUGACCCUUUUGGACAUUCUGGAACUAUGCCGUAUCUAUGGAAACAAUCUGGUAUGGAGAAUAUGGUAAUACAAAGAGUUCACCAAGCAAUUAAAGCAACCCUUGUUUCUCAGAAAGCUUUAGAAUUCAACUGGCGGCAAAACUGGGAUUUUAGUGGCACCAGUGAUAUACUAUGCCAUGUCAUGCCGUAUGUUUACUAUGGAAUGCAGUACGCGUGUGGUCCAGACAAACAAAUUUGUGCAAUGUAUGAUUAUGGAAAACCAAAAUCAUUGAAAGAAGAACCAACUGGUAGGGAGAUAACUAAAAAGAAUAUUGCUUCACAAGCAAGAUACUUGCAUGAACAGUAUAAAAAGAAAGCAGGAUUGUACAAGUACAGUACAGUAUUGGUGCCUGUUGGUGAUGACUUUAGGUUCGACACUUCCCAAGAAUGGGACAAGCAUUAUCAUAAUUACAAGAAGGUGAUUGAGUAUAUAAAUAAACAGAAUUGGAAUAUGACAAUUCAGUUUGGAACAUUGAAAGACUAUUUUAGAUUAUUAAGACAUGAAGAAUUGAGUAAAGGUAAAGAUGUUGAUGGGAGCUUUCCAGUAUUGAAGGGAGAUUUCUUCCCGUAUUCUGACCAGAAUUCAGAAUACUGGACAGGAUAUUUUUCUACACGACCAUUUCAUAAACAAUUAUCACGUGAUAUUGAGAAUAACCUGCGUUCAGCAGACAUUUUGAGUACAUUAGCAUAUUCUGAGUGUAAGAAACAUGGUGUGGAUUUUGAACGCCAUCAUGAUGUGGCCCGUCAGUUACAAGAAGUGCGUAGAAAUUUGGGACUAUUUUUGCAUCAUGAUGCAAUAACAGGUACUGCAAAGCCUCAUGUUGUUGAAGACUAUGAAAAUAAGUUAUUAAAAGCAUUCAAUCUGUCACAAGAUGUUAUAAGUAUAACCACUCAAAAUCUGCUUACAUACUGCGAGCACGAUGACCCAAUUAUCUUAAGUCCAGAGAGAUACCGAAGGGACGCUUACAGUCUACCUGGAAAGUAUACUGUUGCAGUCAUGAAACGUGGCACAAAACUCAUUUAUUUUAAUCCAGUUGCUCAUGAGCGGACGGAAAUGGUUACAUUAGUUGUUGAUAGUUUUAACAUUGAAAUAAAGAAUUCCCAACAAUUUAACAUUCCAUUCCAAAUAAAUCCAGUUUUCAAAUCUGCAACGAACUUUCAUGAGUCUCAGUUUGAAAUUGUCUUUCAGUUGGAAAUUCCCGCAUUUGGAUUUGAGACGUACACAAUAUAUCAAGUGGAUAGAAACAUUUAUGGUUAUUGGUCAACUGUAGAGACACUAAAUACAGAACCUGUGAAAAAUAACGAAAAUAUGAAAUUCAAAGUGAGAAACUAUGGAGACAUAGAUAGAAUAAGUAACAUAGAAAAUGAGUUUAUGAAAGCAAGCUUUGAUAAGAAGGGGGUGCUAAAUAGAAUGUAUGAUAAAUCAUCAGGAACAUUCAGUAAAGUUGAAUUAGACUUUAUGAGCUAUUCUUCUGAAGGAAGUGGCGCUUAUAUAUUUUAUCCCUCUGGUAAAGCAGAAACCUUAUUAGAAAAAAUAGUUCCUAAAAUCAGGGUAAUUAAGGGACUAUUUAUGGAACAAAUUCAAGUAGUGUAUAAAAACAUAUACCAUUCCAUGACAUUGUUUGAUAUAGCUAGUUCACAAGGACAAGGUUUACAUAUUGAGAACAAACUUGACAUGAGGGCCAAGGAUAUGUCAGACCAUGAAAUUAUUAUGAGAAUUAAUAGUGAUGUGAAAAAUGUUGACGGUUCUUUUUAUACAGAUCAAAAUGGCUACCAACUAAUAGGGAGAAAAACAAUUUUCAAUCGUAGAAUAGAAACUAAUUAUUAUCCAGUUACAACAAUGGUAGUUUUGGAAGACAGUGUAAAAAGACUGACCUUACAUACUAAACAGAGUCAUGGGGUGGCUUCGCUUCAUCAAGGAUCGGUUGAAGUGAUGUUAGAUCGUAAAGUAAUGAGUGAUGAUAAUAGAGGACUUGGCGAGGGUGUGUUUGACAAUAGACCAACCAUAAGUAAUUUCAUUCUUCAUUUUGAACGUAAAAGUUCAGCAAUUCCUGUGAAGAAUUUUCACUUCACUUUCCCGUCUUUAGUUAGUAGUGUAAUAAACGAAGGAUUGCAGCAACCUAUCCAGACAAUGUUCACUACAGUGAGAAAUGAUAUCCUCCUGUCGAAAUUCCAUCCAAAGAAUCAAUCUAUUCCAUGUGAUAUGUCUGUUGUGGGUUUGAAAAAUUUAGUUACGUCGGACCUAGUCUAUAAUGGUUCCAGUUUAAUCAUUCAUCGUAGAAAAUUUGACUGCAAUUACCUGGCAGCAGGACUACAGUGUCCUUUAUCUAGGACUAAUCCAACUCUUUCUUCAUUACUACCAAAUAUACCAAUCACUAGCACAAGGGAAACAACUCUUACACAUUUACACAGUAAGGGUAAUGUGCCCUUAGAUAUGGAGCUUUCCAUACGUCCAAUGGAAAUGAUGUCAUUUCUUCUUGAUUUAUCAUAGCACUUAAUAUAAACAUUUGUGUAACACUGUGAUCUCAAUUUUCAGGCUCCAACUGUUAUCUUAUUUAAGUUUUCAUUAACUUUUCAUUAUUAUGUUCAUAAUUUUAAGACAAUUAUAUUAUUUUGUGUGCUAAUUGUAUUAUUUUAAUGCACUUAUCCUAGCUUCCUAUAAGCAUUUUCUAUUGCAAGAGUGUUGCCAUUAAUUAUAUAAAGUUAGGGAAAUUAGUUUAAUUACCUAUCACAAAGUAUUAUAUAAUUAACAUUUUUUCAAGAUUUAUAUGAUUUGUCUUAGUAAUUUUUUAAAUUAUCAUGAAAAGAAAAGCUAGAUAAGAUGAAAUAUUUACAAUGUUUAAAAUUUAUCUGUGAAAAAAAAAAACAAAAAAAACUUUGAUUCUUAUAUUCUUUGUAUUUUAGCACUGAAAGUGUACAUAUGUUUUCUAAACUUUAAGCUUUAUGCUUAGUCAUAGAAAGCUUAUUUGCAUUUUCUUUAUAGAAUUAUUUCUAAAGUGCAAAUAGCAAACCAUUGUCAAAUUUUCUUUGUGUUAACUUUACAGAUCGAAUUAUUUCUAAUUUUAAAUAGCAAAGCAUUGUCAAGUUGUUAAGUUGUAUUCUUAACUGUCUUAAAGAUUUGUAUAACCCUAAGCCUGCUGGCGGGGAUUGAAUUCAACCAUUUGACCAGUUUAGACAAAGAUCAGUCAUUGGAUCAUUGUCUACAUUGUUUGCCAUUCAAUUAGUAUACACAUGUAUUUUUAAUUUUUCUCUAAGAAUGUUUAACGAUUUAGUGCAGUUUGAAGUAUAACAAGUACUUUUAAGAUAUUUAGUAUGAUAAAGGUUAAAGGGACUUUACUGAAGUUUUUUAAUAUGACGGGACUGGAAAUAAUUUUUUCAAGAUUAAUGUUCCAUUUGACAUAGGUCUAGACCAAUAACUUUUGAGCAAAAUUUCAGAUCAUUCCCUCACUCCUUUUUUCCAAAAUAAUCAUUCUUAUUGUGAAAAAUGACCCAAGUUUGUAAAGUAUUGCAAUGCUUUUAACUUAAAUUGGGCUAAAAAUAACAGAAAAAAUAUGAUUUUUAAUUUAUUUCUAAGCACAUACAUGUAUAUUUCUUCAUCAUCUUUUGCAUAUUUUUCUGUUUUAUGUAGAUCUAUGUAAGAAAUUCAAAUUUUAUGUUUUUAGGCUUUUGAACCUCCGAGUGAAGUUCCUUAAAAUUGUGUCACUUUGUACUAGACUUCCAUCAAAUUUCUGUAGAAAAUGUAUAAAUUCCAAACUCUGAUAAAAGCUAACUUCUAACUUGAUUGAUUAUAUAUAAACCAGCUGAACCAAAAUGACCAUGGUGACUUGCUUUUGACACCAGUACAGUACAAUGCCAACAGCCUCAACUUCUGCUGUUGACUGCUCAAUUUAUGUAUAUUGAUAUUAAAGUCUCUGCAUACAGUACCAAAUUUAAAACAUGACAAUUCCUAAUACAAAUUCAUUAGAGUAAAGGUUAAUAGAAAUUGUCAGGGGAUUGCCUUUGUGAAUAAAUGUAAUAAAGUUCAGAUUAUUAUAUAAUUAAGUUCAGUUUAUUAUAUAAUCAAUUUAUAUGAAUUAUUACAUAAGAACUAAUUGCAUAUUUAACCAGUCAAGUUAUCUGUCAUGUGGUAUAACUAUUGCACAUCUGUAUUCUAAACUACCAUAUAUUGUUAAUCAGGCAUGAUGCCUCUAACUUAUCUACUGUAUAAUUAUUUCAUCAGUGUGAAAUACAUAUUUCAUCAGUGUGAGAUAUAUAAAUUUUUUCAUCAGUGUGAAAUAUAUACGUAUUUCAUCAGUGUGAGAUAUAUAUUUUUCAUCAGUGUGAGAUAUAUAUAAGUAUUUCAUCAGUGUGAGAUAUAUAUUUUUCAUCAGUGUGAGAUAUAUAUGUAUUUCAUCAGUGUGAGAUAUAUAUUUUUUCAUCAGUGUGAGAUAUAUAUAAGUAUUUCAUCUGUGUGAGAUAUAUAUUUUUCAUCAGUGUGAGAUAUAUAUGUAUUUUAUCAGUGUGAGAUAUAUAUAUUUUCAUCAAUGUGAUAUAUAUAUAUUUCAUCAGUGUGAAUAUUUUGUUAGUGUUUUUAGCAUUGUUAUUUGGUAGUUAUUGUCAGUGAUAGAGUAAUAGGUGCGUUGUUUUUAACAUUAAUGCUUUUAAUUCCUGUCCGUCCUUAUAUAACAUAGCACAAUGACUUUGUUUUUUUUUUCUUUCUUGUAGUCGCAAGUGAAAGGGACUCCACUGAGGAUUAUCGACAUGACGGGACUGAAAAUAAUUUUUUCGAGAAUUUUUUUCCGUUUGAUGUAGGUCAAUAACUUGUGUAUAACAUUUAGAUCCUUCGCUAAAUCCGUUUUUUCAGGAUUAUAAUUCUUUUUGUGUCAAAAAGGACCCAAAAUUGAAUAGCGUUGCAAUGUUUUUCGCCCAAAAUUGGGCUAAGAAUAACAUAAAAAUACCAUUUUCAAUUGUUUCUGUGUAUAUUUUUUAAUCAUAUUUUGCAUAUCUUUCUUUUUUAAAAGCCCCAGCUGACUUAUGUAAGAAAUUAAAAUUUUAUGUUUUUAGGCUUUUGGACCUCAGUGGAGUUCCUUUAAUUUUAUGUGCCAUGAACAUACAUAGGGUCUCUGUCUGAUAUGAAAUGACAUAAAUUAUGUUUACUAAAUAUAUACACAAAGAUAAAACCUUAUUUUAACCCUUAUUUGUUACCCCACCACCCAAUCAAACACAUGACUGCAAAGAUGAUAGUUAUGAAAUUUUGUUACUGUUAUGAAAUUUUGAUAUUUUAUAUUGCAUGUUACAGGCUUGAUGCUUUUGACUAUAAGUAAGCAUGUAAUAAUCAUAAUGUAGUUGCCAGCCAUAUUUAGUUCAAUUGUACAUUUAAUAUGUAUAUACAUAUAUGUAACAAAAUACAGGCCCCUAUAUGGCAGUUUUAUCACCCUGGCUUUUACAUUUUAUUGUACAUGCAGAUCAUUUUGCCAAUGUCAUUGUUUUAAUGUACAAAUACACAUGUUAUUAACUUGCUUACCUUGUUGAUAUGUAGGAAAAUAUGAUACAUCAUAUUAUAAUAGCUGAGUAAAUCUUUACAAGUAGAUGCUUUUUAUUGGGCCAAUAUAUCUCUUGUCAGAUUUGAAAAAAAGUAACUAAGAUUUGUAGUUUAAAUUUUAUAGGCUGGUCAGACAUUAUUUUAUUUUUAGCCAAGUAAGUGCUUGUGGCUUUUAUGACGUGACCAUGGUAACAGUAAAAAGCCAGGCAAUCAAGUUAGACAUAAAUAUCAGCAAUCCGACCAGAUUCUUUGCUCUUGGAUGUUCAAUUUUAAUUAAGUUGAUAUUGAAAUCUAGUCAUUUAACAAUAACCGUGUACAGUUUCAAAAUCAUAGCAGAUGAAGAGAAAAAGGCUGUAAGAUAAAUUUAGCUUACUAGUGAAGUAGUUUUCUCCUCAGCUGUCACAAAUGUUAAAGAUUUUAGUAAUUUUAUUACUUGUUCUCUUUUUUCUUUAUUAAUAUCUAUAUACUGUUGUUUUUCAAUAAUUGUACAAUAUACAUUUCAUGUGUUGAAGAUUGAACUUGGAAUGGAUCACUUUUCUCACUUGUUUUUAUUGCACAUCUUGUUGCCUCAAGUUUUGAUGGCUGUAACUGUAUAUAAUUAAAUGCAGCAGAUAUAGUGGUCUGCAGAGGCGCAGUGAAAAUUUAGGGGUAUUCUACCAGUAAGAUUUUAAUGUUAUGUAAAUAAAAUCCCCACUUAGUGUGUGUCACUAUUUAGCCAUUGUUGCAUUUGAUGCAAUUCCUUGUUUUUAAUCAUUCCAUUGUAUGUUGUUUGUCAGUUAUAUGUUGCAGUUGCAAAAAUAUUGAACUGUGGAACCAUUUUCUAUAAAAAAAAUAUAAAUACUGUAAUUAUAUAUGUGUAUUAUAAAGACUAUAAUUGUUUUAUUUCUGUUCAGAAGACAUUCAUCCAAUAAUAUCUAAAAAAUAUUUCAUGACUUGGUUAGUAAUUCUUGUCAAGACGGAAAUGAAAAAUUACUCGAAACGAUCAAGCCUUAACUCAGAAAGAUCUUCCUAAACACUUUACAAAAGUUUUUAAAGUUCAAAUUAUUAAGUUUUUUUUAUCACUUUGCAAGAUAAAUAACUGUAUCUGGCAAACUCAAGUUUUAAAAAAUUGUGUUGUUUUUUUUAGAUAUAAUAUAUUAUUAUAAUGAGGAAUAUUAUUUUAGUCAUUACAAAAAAACAACACCCAAAAACGGAGAUUUUGGCAACACAUUUCGGAAUUUGUCUGAAGCACACUAGCUUAUUUCCAUUAUUAAGCAUAUUAACUAGUCUGUUAGUUGCAUUGUACUUCAUUUAUUUACAAGUUUAGGUAAUGUCUUAUAUUUUCUUAUUAAGACAGCUCACAUAUUUUCUUGCAAGUUUAUGAGGAACAGCACUAAGCACUAGUUAUUGUUAAUAGCCUCCUAUUUUACAGGUUUUCUUCGUAUUUUUUGUAGGGUAAUCAAUAAGCGGAGAAGAAAUGUAAUUGAAUCCUUUUCUUACUUCAAAUAUUCAUGAACUGUAUCUGCAAAUUGAAAAUAUUGAUUACAUUUAUGAUUAAGAAUGAAACUUGUAAUUCAUGUAACAAACCAUGUUUCACACCAUGGUAGUAAAAAAUUGCCUAAGCAAUUAAUUACCAAGGACUGGUGUAGAAAUAAUAUAAAAUAUCAAGAGAUUUUUUUCUGUAAUACAAAAGCCUGGAAUAUUUGUUGAAAGUGAUUAAUUAUUACAAAUAAUCAUUGGUAUUUCCAUAUCAACUAUGAAGAGAAAUAUCUAAUCAGCUAUGACAUAUUGUUCAUUAAACAAACAAAAGAAAACAACAAGUAAACAUACACAUGUAUAUACAUGUAAUUUUGAAUUUCAAUUUUAUAAUGCUAUAAUGUUUACAACGGAACUAAAUGUUAUCUGAAAACAUUUCUUUUUUUAGUCUUUAAUAGCAUAAGUAAUAAAAUUUGAUAUAUUUCUACUUAACAACAGACAAAAAGUUGGGAUUCAGUUUGGGUUGGGUUAGAUAAUAUGCACCUAACAGAUAAAACAAACUUUUUUUUAUUGUUUUGGUACGAGAACAAAAUUAAUUAGUUCAGACAAUUAUGCAAUUAUGCUAUAAGUAACUUCUGCUUAGUUUGAUGUUAUAUAUAGGAGGAUAUAACCAGAAUAAGAUCUGUAUAACCAAACCAAUUUCAACCAAUGAAAAUUCAGAAAGUUUUUUUUGCAAUAUUAUAAAAUACAAUAUUUAACUGUGAAACAUUUAAGUUAGCAUGCAAAUUUGCAUAUAAAUGAAACAUUUAAGUUAGCAUGCAAAAUUGCAUAUAAAAUAACUAUUUCAGAAAUAUUUAUUUGACUUGAUGUUAAAAAUGUAAAACAUUGAAUAAAACUGUAAUAAUAAGUUGUGUUGUAAAAGUUUGUGUAAAUUUAUGUUUGGGAUAUUUUGUACAAAAAUGCGCUUUUUGUGUGUGACUAUAUGUGUACAUUGUACUAAUGAAAUAAACCACAAAUUUUAUACAAUUCGGUUGAUUA